ACUGAUCAAAAGUAAAAUAAAUUAGAAAAAAAAAAAGAAGCUAUUUUUGAGGAGACUUGUAGGAGAAGAAAAAAGAUAAAAAAGGACAGAGUGGUGACGACUUACGCGAAGCAAGUUGCGGCGGUGGUCGGUGUUUUCUGCCGGCUAACUAUGAGUAUGACAUUGCAUUGCAGCAAGCAGCUAAAUCAUCAUUAAAAACAAAAAGAAAACCCACAAAUUCACUGUAAUUUAUUUAUCUAUUUAUUCUCUCUAAAUUUUACAUCUUUGUUUUCAAAAACAAAAACAAAAUGAGAUCUUCAAAACAAGCAGCGGCGGCGACAGAGAACAACAGAGGCAUAAGCGGUCAUAUGUUCACACUCCAUCAACGUCUCUAUCAUGCUCUCAACCUCGGUACCAGAUAUUCUGAAGGAAAAGAGAGGAAAUGGAAGUGUACAGAUAUUGAAAUCCAACGGCAUGUCGUCCGUUCCAUUUCUUCCUUCAUUGAGUCUGCCUCGCCAGACACUUUACAUCAUCCUCUUGUUAAGGAUUCUGUGGCCGAUAUAGUUUGGGCAUUGGUAUGGAUUCUUCAGCAUAAAAGUGAGGCUGUUUUGAGUAUAGCAGCAAACGUGGUUGUAAAGUUGAUCCGCAUUAUACCCAAUUCAAUACUGCAACCGUAUUCAUUGUAUCUGGUUCAUCCUUUAGCAUCUGUGCUAUCUUCCUGUCGAAUGGAAGUCUCAAUUGCUUGUGCCACUGCUUUGAAUAUGAUUCUCUCAAAUCUGAGUGCAACCAGGGAGAAAAUUGUUUGGGAGAUUCUGAGUGAAACAAAAACUGUUUUCCUUAUUGUUAGAGGUAUACGGGAAUUUUCUGGUGGUCCUAUGUCUACUGAAUAUUUUCAAGAGAUGGCUUCUCUUUUGAGUACAAUACUGCAAAAGUGGUCUGCUUCUCGGUUCUCUGUCUGGAAUGAUACUAAAUUGAUGGAAGUUCUAGAGGCUAUGCAUGAAAAUCCUGAUGUUUCCAUUAAGGUUGCACUUUUGAAGUUAUAUUCAGGGAUAGGUAUAAUCAUAUGCACUGAGUUCUUCUUUAUGAAUUCUAUUAGGCUCAAAAUUGUUAAACAACUACUCUUGAUUUGUAUGCCAGCUCUAUGUGGUAAUGGGGCCAUGAAGCUUCUUCAAAAUGGGGAAGCCCUUCUGCAAAUGAUGGUACUCUGCAUGGGUAGAUCCCGCCCUCUUUCUGUUCAGAUGGAAGGAUUUAGACUUGCCCAACGCUUAGCGACAAAUAAACAGGGAUGUUUAAAAAUGCUGAGCUUAUGCUGUGAGCCUAUUGUUAAAGCUAUAAUUGAUGGAAUGACUGGAUGGACCUUGAGCUCAGGGAAGAUUGCAAAUGACCAGAUGUCUUUGUUAGUGGAAGCUUGUCGCUUGGCUCUUAUAAUUCGCUGGGAUGGGGAACAUCAUGAUUAUUUUUGGAAGAAAGGAAUUGACAAGGUCCUACUUGAUCUUCUUCUUGAAAAGUUUCAGAAUGGACAGUCUGUACACCUUUUGACACUUGAAGAACAGAUGUCUGAAGCACAGGAGGCUCUCAAUGCUGAUGUUCUUCUUGUUUUGAGGCCAUACAUGUGGGAUAUUCUUGGAUGGCUGGCAAUAUACUGUAGGGAAGAUUUCAACCCCAACAUUCAUAGUCAUGAACUUCACAUUGAUAUGCUUAUUAGAUGUGCAUGCUUAACUUUUACGGAUUCAGUUCGUAAAGGAUGGCAAAUAUGCCAAAGUGAUCUGUCCGAGACACUCAGAAGUGAAUCAGCAUCAAGGGCAGUUCUAAUGAUGAUUUAUUCUCCCUGCAAAUACAUUGCAUCAAAAGCCAGGUCUAUGCUGUCUGAAAUUCUAAAGCCAACUGGCAAGGAAUCUUUGAAACACUCAUUGCGCAUUCUCAAUUUUACAUUGACAAGGGAUAAUUUUGGAAUACCAGAUAUGCUUCAAACUGGCAUAAACUUGGUGGCUUUGACAUGCUGUGCUUGUUUGGCCUGGUACCGAAGUUACAUUGUUAAAAGUGGAGGAGUAAAGACACUACUGGCUUUUAUAAAGUGGUGCCUAAGCAAUGAUGUCCAUAUAGGAAGGCUGAGCUUUGCUCCUCAUUUGCAUAAUAUAUUCAGUCAGAGGCUUUGUUGCUGGGUGUGUGAGGAAGACUGGGAAGGCAAUGACAUACUUUUAUUGUAUGGGCUGUGGGGGCUAGCUGAGUUACUACACUAUGGAUCUAUAAGCAAAAACGUUGACAUUUUUUCUGGCCAGGUGGAAUAUACUGAAGCUCAGUUUGUUAGAAUGCUUCAGGAGAUUUGCAGUGACAACUCUGCUCUAGGGCUGAAAUGGAAUGCUGCAUACAUUCUAAGUUACUUUGGAUUUUAUGGUUUUCCUUGUAAACUUGGGAGGCGUAUAGGGAAGGCACUUGAUGAGAAUGAAUUUGCAGAUACACGAAUCAUCCUUGCAAAAGGGGAGUCUAUGAGUGUUCAUGGUGUCGUUCUUGCCAUUCGAUGUCCAUCACUGCUCCCUCCUGAAGAAUUAUCUCGUGAUGAGAAAGCAUCUGAUGGUUCUUCUGGAAGAUGUGCUGUAGAUAAGCAGUAUGGAAAGUUUAAGAAAGAUAUUCGCUUAUCUUCACACGUUGAUAACCAGGCACUGUCCAAGUUGUUGGAAUUUGUUUACUUAGGAUAUCUGCAUUCCAGUGAUGAGCAUGUGAAGAAAUUGAAGAUUCUUGCUAAACAUUGUCGUUUGCAACCUCUAUCAACAAUGCUUGGCAGAAGACGUCCAAAGUGGGGCACUCUUUUCCCCAUCUAUGAUCUUACCCCUGCUCUUGCACCAACUGGGCAUCACUUUUCGGACAUCAUCUUGAAGCCAAAAGAAACUGAAUCAAUCUGCUGGAAAUGUAGAAUGUGCUCCCUGUCAUUGCCGCACAUGCAUGCUCACAAAGUUGUAUUGUCAUCUAGUUGUGAUUAUUUGCGGGCUUUGUUUCAAUCAGGCAUGCGAGAGAGUCGCUCCCAAACCAUAGAGGUUCCUGUCAGUUGGGAGGCAAUGAUUAAGCUAGUGAACUGGUUCUACACUGAUGAGUUGCCUAAACCUCCAUCUGGUUGUUUAUGGGAUAAUAUGGAUGAUGAGGAAAAGCUACAUCAGCUGCAACAAUAUCUGGAGCUUUGCUGGCUAGCUGAAUUCUGGUUUUUGGAAGAUAUUCAGGAUAUCAGCUACAAAGUGAUUGUAUCUUGUCUGGAUUCAGCCAGACAGCUGUCUAUUAAAAUAAUCAAAAUUGCUUCAGAGUUGUCUCUUUGGAAAUUGGCUGAAGUUGCUGCAAAUUACCUUGCCCCUUUCUAUCGUCAACUAUGCCACACGGGUGAUCUUGAAGCACUGAAUGAAGAGCUAGUUGAUAUGAUUCGUGAUGCCUCUGUUCGGCUUUCUCAAGAAGGGUAGUGAGACAUUCCAAGUUGAUUUACUUUUCCCUGGAUGGUUUGAAUUUUCGAGGACAAGACAGAAGUUGAAACUUAAGAUCUCCAAAUGCAACGGAACUGAGGAAUGCAGAUGUGUUUGCCUGCUGGUGAGUUCUUGCAAGACAUAGUUUUAAUGAAAUUAGGUUUUGAUACUUGGUCUUCUGCUGAUCAUUUUACAUUAAUUCCAGAAACCAGGGUCAUAGUUUCUAGCAUUUCUGGGAAGAGCAAUAGACGAUAGUGUCUUUUGAAUUUAGGUGCUACUACUGUAUAACUGACCCGCACUACAUUGGUG